CAUGGACAUUUGACGCCAAGAAGUUCAUGACCUGAGGGCUCCCAAAAUUUACGAACUAUUAAAUAUUGUGGCAACAUUUCUUGAAGAAUUUUUUACAAUAAUAUCUGGGGAGUAAAGGGCAAGAUGUCAGGCUGAAACUUUGUGGUCGUGAGUUUAUCAGAAUGGUGGUCAUGUCGUGCGGCAGCUCCCGAAUGGCACGCUAUGCACCUGACUCGGACCGUUCCCAUGGAAGCUCUCAAUCAGGGAAUUGGAGGAAUGGGUUUGGCAGAAGCCUGCUUACACAGUUUACAGACAUCCAGCACAGUGAGGAGGACCAAGGGCCAGACAAUGUUCCUCAGGAAAGCGUGACGAACCUGCCAUCCUCUAGCCACAUGGAACCUCCAGAAAAGAAGACAGAGCAGCUGACCACCAGACAUGCUAUGAGUGCGUCUGCCAGAUCACAGCGCGAUGCUGGACCAGCGGGUGUGUGCUGCAGGUUAGGGUGCACCAUGAGUGAAUUUGUGCAGUACUGUUAAGCCUUAACAAACUCCUUUUUCAUUUCCGGCAGUGAUGCUUGCCUGAGAUUUCCUGUAGGAAAGCACUCAGGAUGCUUUGUUUGUAGUGAAUUAUCAUUAACUUUAUUGCCUAUAAUUAAUGCAAGUCCUAUCCUGGCCAUGCAAUCUUAGCAUUUAUGAGAACUUUAGCAUUAUGACCAGUAUGUUAUCCACUAAGAAUACAAUUAAGGUAAAUGUAAUAGUUCAUAACUGCAUAUGAAUAGUAUGCAACAUCUAUGUUACACUGUUUUUUGCGUGGAGAAAAUAUGCAGUGUUCAUUGUGUAACAUAAGUAAUAAUGGUCUACUGAAAUUCUAACAGGGCAAACAGUGAAACUAAAUACUAUUAGAUUUGGUAAUUGAAUCAUUUGUUUCUGUUUCCAUUCUCGUGACAUUUUUCUCGAUAACUGCAGUAUCGAAUAAUAAGAGUACUGUAGAUGGAGUACACUCCGGAAGGAGUCUGCAAUGAAAUGCUGCUAAAUGGACUGCUCUAGAAAUUGCUGAAUGACUUACUUAUGCAAGCUUUGUUAGACCCAGUGAUUAGAAUGCAUAUUGUGCUAAAAUAAAAACCUUGAGAAGCAAAGUAA